CAGCGGUGAACGGACAAGAGCGGAAGUGCUGUGACGGUAUCCGGUCGUGCUUCGUGGCCCUGCGCAAGGCGGUGGACGCCGCUCAGAUCCGGGGCAUUGAGAAGCAGAACAUGCAGAAAGAGUGCAGGAUCCUGGAUGCCGAGUUGUCUGCAAGUGAAAAAUGCGUGGAUACCUGGACGGGCGUCUGUGAUCGUCACACGAACUCUGACGUCAUUUCCGGCCACUACCAGGAGUUUGCUGGCGAACUACGAACCACGCUGGACAGUCAUUGCUCAGAACAACCUCAAAAUGUUACAAGGCAUGCCGACACACCUACAGGCACAACUACACAACCCGUAAUGACAACCCCCUACCCGAACACCACAGUGGCCUUCGCCCCAACACCAACCGGAAACGGAAGCCUUGCCUCACCGCAAGGCGGCAGCGGGGGAAAUGGCGACAAUUUUAUGACCGCGGGAUUGGCGGUAGGGGGCGCCCUGCUGUUCUUGGGAGUCUUUGGUGUAAUCUUGUGGCGAUGUCGUCUCUUAUUCAAACGGCCAGGACUCCAGAAGGAUUUUGGCUACUCGAUGAGUCGAAGUGGGAAUGAAUGCGAGACCGAAAUAUACGCCGAGAUAGACGAUGCCUUUAUGAAAGCUGUUUAUGAACAUGACCAGACGACUGACGUGAACCCGCGUGAUCGGGUUCUGUCAAACGCUCAAGUGAACGUCUGCUACCAGAGUGGCCUGGAGGAUGGCGGCAUCAUUCCGUCGUCAAGGAGAUGCGCUAAGAAUGACAACGUUGAAAUAAGGGGUCAGUCGGCGUUACUUCGGUUGGCGAACAAGAAAUGGUUUCCGCUCAGUAAAACAAGUGCUACAGAUGCGUGCAAUGCGCUCCCUGCAGAUGACUCGAUGGAUAGUGGUCAGUAUGAUACAAUAACUGACCAUCGACUGCCAACCGUCGGGCAGGAACCAGUCUACGCGGUUCCGCAUGGAGGCGAUGGUUGUGUAGGUACCAAGCAUAACAGGUACGCAAGGGACGCAAUUAUGAGUCCACCGCAGAAUCACAGUGGUUUCCCUUUAGAGUUAAGCGCGCACAAUGUCUACCCGCAUGUAGUCAGCCCAAGAAAUGUAUUCGUCAACGCGGAAGAAAGCAAUGCGAGCAAGAAGAAGAGAAAAGUGAAGAAAAGCAUCGAGAUAAUUCAAAAUGCCACCGAGGGCAGUUUUAACCACAGCGACGAUUCCAUGAUGGUGUAUUAGAAGAAUGUGUAUGUGUGUGUUUGAAACCCAAAAGAGUUUCCGUGGCGAUAUCCGAACAUUUACGAGCGAACGCGAAAUUGCCUCCGGCAAAUCUCGCGUUUGCUCGUAAAUGUUCGGAUAUCGUCGCGAGAAAUUCACAUGGAAUA